AUGACCCAGUUAGAGACAGCCAUGGCCAUCCUGAUGAAGACCUUUGAUACAUACGCUGGUGCCGAGGGAAAGACUGACACCCUAACCAAAGCAGAGGCUAAGACUUUGCUGGAGAAGGAGCUGCCUGGACUGCUCAAGCUAGCAAAGAACAAAGAUGAGGUGGACAAGCUGCUGCAAGGUCUGGAUUUUAAUGGAGACUCUGAGGUUGACUUCAGUGAGUUUGUGGUGAUGGUAGCCGCCCUCACCUGCGCCUGCCAUGACCGCUGUCUUAAGAAGUGA